AUUAUUCAGUUGGUUGCUCUUCGUGCGACAGUCAGUUGUGUUGUGCCGUAGGCUACGCGUUUUGUGUUGAUCAGUGUGUAAAUUUGGAAUAUCAAGUAAACCUAAAACAAAAAGCUACAAUGAAAUCUCUGAUUGUUUUCUCCUGCCUGUUGGUUGCCCUCAGCGGCGUGCACUGCGAUGAGCUUAAAGUGGAUGUGAUUAGCACACCCGAAAUUUGUGAUAAGAAAUCAAAGAACGGCGAUUCACUCACCAUGCACUACACGGGCACGCUCCAAGCCGAUGGCAAAAAAUUCGAUUCCAGCUUCGACCGCGACCAGCCUUUUACCUUCAAUUUGGGCGCUGGACAGGUUAUUAAAGGCUGGGAUCAGGGUCUGCUGGACAUGUGCGUGGGCGAGAAGCGCAAGCUGGUGAUACCACCACAGCUGGGCUAUGGUGAUCAGGGCGCCGGCAAUGUGAUUCCACCCAAGGCAACGCUGGUGUUCGAAGUUGAGCUGAUUAACAUUGGAGAUGCGCCCGCUGUCACAAAUGUGUUCAAGGAGAUUGAUGAGAACGCCGACAAGCAAUUGAGCCGCGAAGAGGUCAGCGAGUAUUUGAAGAAACAAAUGAGCGCCGUUGAGGGUCAGGACUCUGCUGAGCUCAAGAAUAUGCUGCAGGAGAACGAUAAGCUGGUGGAGGAAAUUUUCCAGCAUGAGGAUAAGGAUAAGAACGGUUUCAUUUCGCAUGAUGAGUUCUCCGGACCCAAGCACGACGAGCUGUAGAGCUGUGCGGCCUGCGAACAAGUGCUUAAGUUAUAUAAUAUAUAUGUAAAAAAUACAAAAUAAAACACAACAACAACAAUAAUGCUAAAAACACACGCACAACAAACAACAGACAACAAUAUAAUCUAAAAACAAAGUGGACUGAUGUCUCCUUUUCGAGACGCUUUUACUUAGUUUUUCGCUGCUUUUUUCCAACGCGCUGUCAUUCAUAUUUGUAUAUACAUAAAAACCAUAUACAUUAUUAUAUAGAAUGUUAAGCAAAUUUUCCAUCUGUACUGUCUGCAAUAUUGUAGUUUAUAAAUUCGAAGUUGAGGCAUAAAUUAUUUUACAUACAUUUAUAGGUUGUUACUAUAUAUGCAAAAAACGUUUGUAACAUAUUUUUGUGUUGAAAGCUGGCCCCAGCGCAGCGUAGUGCUGUUUUUUAUGUAAACAAUCAUUUUAUAUUGCAAAAGAAACAACAAAAAAAAAACUAAAUAAACAAAC